AUGUGUAUGACUACCAUACAAGCUUUGAUUGAAUUAUGUUUACUCUGCGUCUUCACACCUGUAGCAUCAGGUGAGCUGUUUUAUAUUUCUAGAAAUUUAUUUAGGAAAUAAUGAAUAACAAACUAAGAAAACAUGUUUUCAUAAAAAAUUUAAAAAAAACAUUAAUUGUAUAUAAAAGAUUUUUAUUUGACGAGCUUCUGAUUUAAACUUAGGUUGCAACCCUGGAUGGUUUGGUAAUAGUUGUAAUUACCAAUGCCAUUGUAGUAACAACCAGUGUGACGUCAGUGGGGAAUGUACUGCUGGCUCAAAAUGUAACAGUGAAUGGUUUGGUCCAGCUUGCCAGUACCGUAAGUCUGAGUUACUAUUAUUUCCAAUUAUUCAGUUGUACCAUAAUUAUUAGGAUACAUAAAACACUGUCGUAUCUUAUUAUUUUUUUUUGCACUAUGCCUUGUCUUGAAUUUAAAGGCAGUAAAUAAAUGUACUUUAAAUUUAUAUACAUAAUUGUUUGGAUGUUAUACUCAUUUUUGUUAUUAUCCAACAUAAUGGUGUUUUGGGGAUUUAAAUCUCUGUUUUUCCUGUAUAUGUGUUAUUCAAUUAUUUUAUUUGCUAAACACUUAUAGUUUAUAACGAUCAGAAUAUACACAUAAUAUAUCACAUAUUUAAUUUGACAUAGUCUGAGUAAUCUUGUCAGCUAUUACAUUAGCAACGAUGGAAAUAACAGUAUAAAAAUUAUUUGAUCUCCUGCACAUUUUUGAUAUCAGAGUUAAGCUUUGAACUAAUUCCACAAUUUAUUCUAUGUAAUUGAGUUUAAAUUCUAUGUAUAAAUAAUUUCAAAUGAGAUUUUUAAUAUAAACAAUUUUUAUUUAUUAGUAAAACAAAGUGCAAACAUAAAUAUGAAUGUGCCAAAUGCAACAUUUGAAACAUAUGAACAUUCUAAUACAUGAAAGUACUAAUUAGCUAGAGUAUACAGUCAUAAUUUUAUCAUGACAAAAUGCCUCAUAAAUCAUAAAUAUGUGGCUUUUGGGAGUCUCUUGGAUCAAUUGUAUAAAACAAUUUUUGAAAGAAGAUUCGUGUAAACAAAUAUUAAUGAUUUUAUUUUAUAGGGUGAACAAAACAAAAAAUACCAAAAAAACUGGAAAGUUUAAAAUUAUUUCUUUUCCCAUAGACAUUUUUCUGCUCAAAUUUAUUGCCUUUAAAUUGUACUGUUCAUACUUCUUUUGUCACGAGUAAUCAUGCUCAAUUUACAUAACUGUUGCAGAGGACUUAUUUUCAAUUGCCGUGAUAUCAACAAUACCAACCAUUGACCAGUCUACCUUAAAAGACCGAGAUGACAACACGUGUUUGGAAGGAAAUAUAGA